CUCCCCUCCCUCACAUAACACUAACUACACCCACCAUACAUAUUAAACUACCAAAUCUCAAGAGUUACAUAAAUAUUCUUUUUAUUAAAUACAAAAAUAAAAACACAAUGGUUGAUGGUAAUGCCUCACUACUACAAUCAUUUGCUAGUUCAAGUGAAGAAAAAAAGAGAGGAAAAAAGCAAGAUAAUGGCAACAAAAACAACAACAAAAAGAGUGAUAACCCUAAUCACCCACUUUAUAGAGGAGUUAGAAUGCGAACAUGGGGAAAAUGGGUAUCCGAAAUCCGUGAACCACGAAAGAAAAGUCGAAUCUGGCUUGGAACAUAUGCUACGGCUGAAAUGGCGGCGCGUGCACACGACGUGGCUGCACUUACCUUAAAAGGCUCAUCGGCAAUCCUUAACUUCCCUGAACUUUCAGCUUCACUUCCUCAACCAACUUCUAACUCGCCAAGAGAUAUUCAAGCCGCGGCCGCCAAAGCCGCUUCCAUGGUUGCUCCACCUCCUUCUCCGAUGCCAACAUCUUCUUCUUCUUCAACUCCAUAUGAUCUUGGUGAGAUUGUUGAACUACCACAACUUGAAACAUAUUUUGAGUCACCCGUGCCGAACAACGAGUUUGUGUUUUUGGACCCGGUUGAUUAUUCUCAGUCAUGGUAUCAUAGCAUCUAUGGUGAUGAAGAAGAGAAUGGUUAUGGUAGUGGAUGCAACUUGAACAUGAUAUCAAUGCAUGACCCAGAAAAUACGUUUCUUAAUGUUACUUACCCUUUUUAGUUUGGAAAAUGUUGUGUUUUGGUGUAUACACCUUGAGAGAGAAUAAAAUAAAAUAGAAUGAGGUGAUAUAUGUGAUAAA